AAGACCGCAAUACCCAAAAUAACGUUAUCCAAAUAGAACCCAUCAAAAUAGAACCCAUCAAAAAAAAAAAAAAAAAUAGAACCCAUCAAAAUAACCCAAAAAAAUCCCUGCAAGAAUCCUCAAUACACCCCCCAAGAAUCUUGAACCAAGGCGUUAAAGAAUCAAUUUUGCAAUUUCUUUCAUUAGACGAGAAAAAGAAUUCUAGUAGGGUUCUUGUUCUCGUUUUGCUUUGAGGUGUUUUUUUGAGUAAAAAUGUCUAUUUUCUCAACCUCUUUAAGCCGUCCCAUUGCUUCUUUCAGUGCCAUUUCUUCUUCACCUUCUCUCUGUUUCUUGAAAUCUCAUUACCAAAAUUACCAUAAUUUUGGUUUUCAAGGCUGUUCUCAAUCUUUAGUUAUCAGCUGUUGCUCCUCUGAACUGGGCUCCUCCUCUGAACCUAUCAAUAUUAGGCAACCUCAAGUAACUUCUAUGGCUUCUUUUACGAUGACACUGAAUGAAAAUGGUACUCCACAAUCAUCAUAUAAAUGGCGUAGGGUCUUGCUUAAAGUAAGUGGGGAAGCACUUGCUGGAGAUCAAGAACAAAAUAUUGACCCGAAGGUCACUAUGGCAAUUGCAAGGGAGGUUGCAUCAGUUACCCGACUUGGCAUUGAGGUUGCAAUAGUUGUUGGUGGAGGAAAUAUUUUUCGUGGAUCAUCUUGGGCAGGAAGUAGUGGUCUUGACCGUUCUUCAGCUGAUUACAUUGGGAUGUUGGCAACUGUAAUGAAUGCUAUAUUUUUGCAAGCAACAAUGGAAAGUAUCGGGAUCCCGACAAGAGUCCAGACUGCCUUUCGUAUGUCAGAAGUUGCCGAACCAUACAUACGCAGAAGGGCUGUCCGCCAUCUAGAGAAAGGAAGGGUGGUAAUUUUUGCAGCUGGAACAGGAAAUCCCUUCUUCACUACAGACACUGCAGCUGCCUUAAGGUGUGCUGAGAUAAAUGCCGAGGUUGUGCUGAAAGCUACAAAUGUCGAUGGGGUUUUUGAUGAUGAUCCUAGGCGAAAUCCCAAUGCUCGUCUUUUGGAUACCCUGACAUAUCACGAGGUAACGUCAAAGGAACUUUCAGUUAUGGAUAUGACAGCCAUUACCCUGUGCCAAGAAAACAACAUUCCUGUUGUCGUAUUCAAUCUCAACAAACCAGAUAACAUAUCAAAAGCUAUUCGGGGAGAAAGCGUGGGUACAUUGAUUGGGGGCACACGUGAUUCAGCCAAUUCUAGGACUUGAGAGAGGAAGGCUGAAUACUGCUAAGUAAGGUUGUGGAGCCUUUAAGUGAUGAGCAUUAUGCAGAAGAGCAUCCUGGAGGUAUGACGUGACGGUUUAGAACCACAGAAAACCUUUAGGAUCCCAUUUUUGAGUAUUCUUCUUGUUGGAUUAAAAUUCAGUCUGCUGAUACUGUAAAUGAUUCCACUAGCACCAUUGGACUUCUCUGAUGCAUGUUUUGCAAAUAGCUCGGAACCCAUCAAAAGAAAGAGUUAUAUAUUACUUUUCACUAAACAUUUUUAAACUUUCUUUGAUGUUUGGUGCUUAUGACUGCUUC